AUGUAUUUAAGAAAAAAGGGCACGUAUUGGACCUGGCCGGUUGCACCACUUGUGCCCUAUCUAAGCCGUCGAUUAACCCAUUGUUGAUUUGUUAACGUGACGAACCCCAUGGAGCUCGGCGAGGAGCCACGGCCUACAGCUACGAGGAUGCCUAAUGCAAAUGGCUCUUUACUGGAUUCUUCCGAUGAUGUCGAAGACGGUGGUGUUAGCGACGUCAACGAAGAACAUGAAGGGAAAUACGAGGAGGAAAGUGACGCGUCAAGCCGCGAGGAGGGCCAAGAAUGGGAAGUGGAUAGUUUCGACGAUGGAUUCGACUACAGACCUAGAAGGAAUCUGGAUCCCAACGAUGAGAUAGGUCAGAAGAUGCAUCGCUACAGAUCUUCCAUGUACAAGAGCAAGGGAUUCGAUGUUGAUGGAGAUAGCUACCCGGGGAGCAUACUCUACAGAACACUCUUCCCCAUCGAACUCGAUGAACCAUUUGAAUGUAUGUUUUUACCUGGACUUACUGUUACUGGACGUGAGUUCAUGAAAACCAUGGUUGAUUUGGCUCUGGAAAGAUACAACACGAUCAAGGGAUUAACUGUGACAUGUGAAUCUAUUGUAAGGACCAUCAUUGGUUUGGCGUCUGGGGUCAAAUGCUACAUUACCUUUAUGGCCAGAGUCUAUCCAAAUGGUGAUCUUGUAGAGUACCAGGCAAAAACAGAGAAGAGAGUUUGGCAAAAGAAAUUUCAUGUUAUCUUUUGCAGGCCAACUCCAGAACCCAAAGAAGAGCCGGUGGAUGUUGAAUACUCUGAUUCUACCACCGAUGGGGAGUAUAGUGAUGCGUCCAGUCGUGAAAGUGACCAAGCAUGGGAUGUGGAUAGUUUCGACGAGGGAACUGAUUUCAAACCCCCAACGAAGACAGCUCCCUCAGAUGAAGAAAUUGAAAAAAUGCGUCUAUAUAGACCUCAGAUGUACAAGAAUAAGGGUUUCUUUGUUGAUGGAGAAGUCUACCCGGGACGACUUCUUUACUUUUCUCCCGUUGACCUUGAUAAGCAAUUAGUUCCUACCGGGCUUACAGGUCGCCAGUACAUGGAAAACAUGGUGGAUGUGGCCCUGGCUCAAUACAACGAGAUGAAGGGAUCCAAUUUGACAUUAGAAUCUAUUGUGAGGGCUAAUCUGAGUAAGGUGAAUGGGUUCAAGUCAUACAUCACGUUUAUGGCUAGAGAUAUUGACAAUGGAGAUAUUGUGGAGUAUCAAGCUAAAGUAGAGAGGAAGUUUUGGCAAAGGGAUCAUCAUGCCAUCCUUUGUAGGCCAAGUCCAAAAUCAGAAGAUGUUGUAAUUAUGGGCUGAUCUUAGGUUAAAUAGUUAUUAAAUUCUUAUGGUAAUUGGGUUUGUUUUGAUUUUCUGAAUGGCAGAUUGAUGUUCUACCAAGCUUAUGAGAGAAACUUAUUCCGGGA